AUGUCCUACGAUCAUGUUGGUCUUUGCGCUACAUUGGAAGAUCAAAUAAGCCAUAAAGACAAUAUCUACAUCUAUUGCAAUGCAAAGUGCUCUGUCAGCGCCACAGCAGACCGAGCCUUUGAUCUCUGGGAUUUUGAACAGUCUCAGGAUAUGGACCUGUGUUUCGACGUUUUCCAACCGCGAUUGCUGCCUUACGCAAGACAUCAGGGUCAUCUUUGGCAUUUGAUAGCGCAGGACCUAGUCACUAUCGAAGACCAGUAUCAAGAUCCCCUUAGUUCAGCAUAUAGGCCCCGAUUCAAAUACGUUACAGAAGGGGACUCGUUUGAUUGUGAAUCUUCGGGCAUAUGGACAUUGUAUCACAUACCUUCUAAUGUACAACAUGCAUUGAGAUGGGUAAAGGCAUCGGAUUUCGACAAGGAGAGUAAAUUGCUAGAGGUUAUCAAACGUACCAAGUCGGAGUGGGUCGUGGGACCUCUGGACUUUUGCGGCGUCUCAUUAGUUCAGAGGAUGGGAAACGGACAGUACAUUCACUACGUCAAAUACCUUGGCCACGACGCCUUGAAUCCUGCACCUCUUACCUACCGUCUGAUUCAAGACAUCAAAUAUCAUGUCAUGGGUCGUAUCUGCGAUACUGUAAAUGUGGCCAAAAAAAACGGAACAUGGGAACCUGGCUACUGGAAGUGUCAUGGAUACACCUUACAUUCUGCUAAGCAGGGAUUUAUCAAGCUGACCAAAAAAGGAACACCCAUACUUCGUUCCAAAAAUGCAAAACUCAUUCAUUGUCACCAUGUGCAAGCUCAGGAGAGGCGUUCAGAAUUAAGAAGAGCAUUCAAAGUCAGAUGCAAUCGCACGGAGAAGGAACUAUGGAUGGUUAGACACAGCAGAAAGGUAAAACCGGUUGUAAGGAUGCGAUUAAGCUCCGAUGAAUCAGUUGUCCUAGGAACUUCCAAUGGUCAGGUUGUGAAGAGCAGGCUAAGGUCAAGAGGCUAA